UUUGGUUUGGUUUGGUCCGGUCCACUUUUCACAGCUCAUACUGCUUUCAUUCUUUGUUGUUUUGAAUUUGAUUUCCAUAUCCUUCCUUCCUUCCUUCCUUCCUUCCUCGUAAGAAAAACGAAAAAGUCAGUCGGCAGCAACGAGACCCCAAUUUCCAUUUCUAACAGCUCCACUCCCGUCCAAUUCCAAUUCAACAAAUUCCCAUUUUGCUCUCUCCUCCCGCUGAUGGCCGUCUCGCACGAUGCCUUUCCGGCCAGACGCCGCCGCCCCUCCUCCUCGGAGGCUUUCGUCGCUCUCAAUUUCUCAGACCAGAGGCUCCUCCGAUCCCUGUUUCUCCUCUCUCAGGAUAUUUCAUCCCUGCACCCGCUCGGGAUCCUUCUCAAGGAAACCUACGCAUCUACCCUCAGGAAAUCCAGGCUCAUCUCAAUCCUAUUCGAGGAACUUAUUCGGAAUCCGGUAAAUAUGCUUCCGCCUUCUGCGUCUUUGUGCUUUGAGGAAUUGUACUUAGUUUUGCAGCGAAUCAAAAUAUUAUUGGAAGAUUGUUCCAGCUGCAGCAAAAUGUGGCUGCUGAUGCAGAUUCCUUCCAUUUCCAGUUCUAUUCAUCAAUUGAUGGUCGAACUAUCAACGCUCUUGGAUAUUUUCCCCGCAAAACAGCUCUACUUGAACGAAGAUGUUGAGGAAUUGCUUAAUUUGAUUAAGAAGCAAUGUUCACAAAACGCUCGUGUGGACAGUAGUAGUAGUAGUAGGGAUGAUACGGAUGGCGAAAAUCUGAGAGCCCAGGUUCUAACCAUGUUGGAGGGUAUUAAGAAGGAAAUUGUUCCGGAUCCCUCGAGCCUUUCUGAGAUUUUCGAGAGAUUAGAUUUAAGUGACUCCGCAAGCUGCAGCCGUGAAAUUGAGAAUCUCGAAGAUGAGGUUCAGAAUCAAAGGGGCGACGACAAAUCAAAAGCAGAUGCUGUUGCUCUCAUAGGGCUGGUGCGCUAUGCAAAGUGCGUGUUGUACGGCGCGUCGACGCCUAGAACCGGCGGCGGCGGCAUCAGGCGGCAGAAGUCGGCGGGGGAGGUGAGCUUCCCGUCGGAUUUCCGGUGCCCGAUUUCUCUCGACUUGAUGAGAGAUCCGGUGGUGGUGUCCACGGGACAGACGUACGAUAGAUCGUCGAUAAACCUGUGGAUCGAAUCGGGUCACGCCACGUGUCCGAAGACGGGCCAGACGUUGGCCCACACGCAGCUCAUCCCCAAUUUGGCUUUGAAGAAUUUGAUAGGCAUGUGGUGCCGCGACCAGAGGAUUCGCUUGGAGGAGCAGGGGCAGGAGGAGUCGUCGACGGGGGCCAGCGGCAGAACCCGCCGCCGCAACAAAACCGCGUUGGGAGCAACCAAGAUGACUAUUUCCUUUCUGGUGAGCAAGUUGAGGGCGUUCGGAGCGCCGUCGGAGGCGGCGGCUGAUGCUGAUCGCGUGGUUCAUGAGCUGCGCGUCUUGGCCAAGACCGACUCCGACAGCCGGGCUUGCAUCGCCGAGGCUGGAGCUUUGCCUCUGCUGGCCAAGUUCCUGGGCUGCGCCGGGCAUCCCAGCCUCCAGAUCAAUGCCGUGACGGCGAUUCUCAACCUCUCCAUCCUGGAGGCCAACAAGGCGAGGAUCAUGGAGGCGGAUGGAGUGGUCAACGGGGUGAUUGAGGUGCUGAGAUCGGGGGCCACCUGGGAGGCCAAGGGGAAUGCCGCCGCUACAAUCUUUAGCCUGACGGGGUCGGGGGAUCAUUCUUCUUCUUCUUCCUCUUCCACUUCCUCGUACCGGAAGAGGCUGGGGAAGAAGGGGCGGGUGGUGAAGGGGCUGCUGGAUCUGGCGAGGCAGGGGCCUGGGAAUGCCAAGAGGGAUGCCAUGAUGGCAAUACUGAAUUUGGCGGGAGACAGGGAGGCAGCAGGGAGGCUGCUGGAGGGUGGGGUGGUGGAUGUGAUUGGGGAGGCAAUGGAUGAUGGUGAGGAGGAGGAGGAGGAGGUGGAGGCUGUGGCGGUGGCGGUUCUAGAGAUGGUGGUGAAGAAGGGCGGGCUUGUGGCCAUCUCUGCGGCCUAUCAUGGGAACAUGGUGAGGAAGCUGGGGAAGGUGAUGAGGGAUGGAUCGGAUAGGGGCAGGGAGAGCGCAGCGGCGACGCUGGUGAACAUGUGCCGGAAGGGGGGGGCGGAGAUGGUGGGGGAGCUGGCCGCAAUAGCAGGGAUCGAAAGGGUAAUAUGGGAGAUGAUGGGGGGCAUGGGCACGGAGAGGGCCAGGCGGAAGGCUGCGACAUUGCUGAGGGUCCUGAGGAGGUGGGCGGCAGCCGGAUUGGUAAACGAGGGUCACCAGCACCAGCUGCAGCAACACCACUCUGUUGUUGUGAGUCCUGCUUCUGCUUCAACGAGGAUAGUAUUGCCAGCUGCUUGAAUGAACAUCAAGGAAGGAAGUUAGGGCUGGCUGGCUGGCGUUGGCUGGUUGGUUAGUUCAUUUUCAUCUUCAUCUUCAUCUUCAUCUUCAUCUUCAUGAAUUAAUAAUUAUAUUGGCUUUUUCUCUUCAUGUACGUUACCAUCCAUGCGUUCGUUCGUUCUAUAUUAUUUGGUAGCUAGCGUAGCUUAGCUUAGCUAGCCGCUGCAUUCAUCCAUUCUAGUAUAUACUAAUUUGCUUCUUUUACACUGCUCUCAAAAUUGUGUAUAUGCAUUCCUAUUAAUUGUUAUUGAUUCAUUCA